GGCGCUGAUUGGCUGUCGCGCGGCCCCGCCCCGCCCCCUCCCUCGCUGGGCCGCGCUCGGGGCCUGGCAGCCAAAGGCUCGGCGCCGCCAUCGCUAUGGGCACCCGCGACGACGAGUACGACUACCUCUUCAAAGUUGUGUUGAUUGGAGACUCUGGAGUUGGGAAGAGUAAUCUGCUGUCACGUUUCACACGUAAUGAGUUCAAUUUGGAGAGUAAGAGUACCAUUGGGGUGGAAUUUGCUACCAGGAGCAUCCAGGUGGAUGGGAAGACGAUAAAAGCACAGAUCUGGGAUACUGCAGGACAGGAGCGAUACCGUGCCAUUACUUCAGCGUAUUACCGUGGCGCUGUUGGGGCUCUCCUUGUCUACGACAUUGCCAAACACCUCACCUAUGAGAACGUGGAGCGCUGGUUAAAGGAGCUUCGGGAUCACGCAGACAACAAUAUUGUCAUCAUGCUGGUGGGUAACAAGAGUGACCUUCGCCACCUGAGAGCUGUGCCCACCGACGAGGCCCGGGCCUUCGCAGAAAAAAAUAACUUAUCUUUUAUUGAAACAUCUGCUCUGGAUUCAACAAAUGUAGAAGAAGCCUUCAAGAACAUCCUCACAGAAAUCUACCGCAUUGUCUCGCAGAAGCAGAUUGCAGAUCGGUCUGCACACGAUGAGUCUCCUGGCAACAACGUAGUUGACAUCAGCGUCCCACCAACCACCGAUGGACAGAAAUCCAACAAACUCCAGUGCUGUCAGAACCUGUGACCUCCUGUAGAUGACUCCUGUGCCCUUCACUUUGUCUGUGCUUCAUUUAGAAACCUGUGUGCACUUAUCUCCUGUGAUUCAGUGACUCCCUCUCCCUCCUUUACCCCCUUCCCAACUCCCUCCUUUCAUGUUAGAGCUUUAAUCGUAGGGCUAACAUUCCCCUGCCUCUGAAAUACCCUUCAGUGUGGUGACUUUUGGGCUUGAAAUGUAGGCACUGAUCUGAUAGACGUGUUUGUGUUGGAACAUCUGCUGCUGGAUAUUAUCCCAUGAAACACUCUCCUCAAAUGGUUUGGGUUCUUUAUUCUGGGAGAGAAACCAUGGAGACUUGACUGUAACAGCUGAAGAAAUAACUACAUUUAGGUGACAAGGUUUUUUCCUCACGUAGUCAGAUUUUUUUUUUAAUUGUGUUUCUGUAAACAUGGGGGAGAAAUUAAAAGAAAAUGGCUAUCCUACCAAACGCUCUAUUUUCUGUCCUGAUAAAGUCUCACAGGGAGGUUUUUAGUGGCUGCACACACAGAAAGCUGUUGACGAUAACAUUACUUAUGAUGUAAUUGCCCCUAACGCAGUUAGUCUGGCUGUGUAGUUUACAGUUUCCUGCUUGGGAAAUCUUCCUCUAUUUGUGUUUUAUUUGGGAACAAUGAAGUAUGUCUGCAUUGCUUUCUCUGCCACCAUGGAUGCCUGUGCUGCUUGCACAGGCUUUAGGAAGUGGCUUAGUAUUUAUUCAUGGCUUAUGUUAAUCAGUUAACGUUACUGUAUAGUAAGUGCCAGCAUAUUGAUUUCAGAAACCGUUUGCAAUCUGUACAAGUAGGCUUCUUUUGUCCUGUAGAUCAGUGUCCGAAAGCAGGAAUCCUCUCUAGUUCCAGGAUUUUUUUGCAUGCUGCUCUUUCUCUCCUACCCCUGUUUGAGUGAGUGAAGCAAUAUUUUCAUGUCAUGUAUAUACCUGCACUUGUAAGGGUUUUGGUUGUUGUAGAGAAACACAAUACUUUAUACAUUUUGUAAAACUCCUGCCGAACCAUAGCAUCUCGAACUUUCUCUUCAUGUUCUUUCACUAUUAACCUUGUGCAUAAUCCUCUUGACCUCUACUAAAACGCAUAAUAUUAAGAUUUCACGUAAUAGCUACUAACCCGUUGUUUUCCUCUUACUCUGUUUUACUGAAUCGCAGACUGUAAUUCUCAUAUGAUUGUACUUCACCUGAUUUAACAGAUCUGUCAUCAGCAGGGCUAACUCCUAUAAUGCUUUGUUUUGCUGAAUGGGAAGAAUGUUACCACCACUUUGAGUAGUCAGUCUCUCGCUAGCUUGUGGAAAUCCUCUGCGAUGAUGGCUUUCCAUCGUUCACUGGCUCUUACACACUUGCAUCCCCUCCGGUGUGCAUUGAAUGUUGUGGUGAGGCAAUCGCUGGGUGACGUACUCUAAAGGAAGAGUUGGAAACCAUCUGCUUUCUCUGGAGGCUAGUGAAGCGAUUUGCAGUCACUUUUUGCUCUGUAUUCUGAGACUGUACCUCACUUGGUGAAUCCUACCUGCAUAUUAGUGAGUUGAUUUUUUUCCUUUUCUGAUACAAAGCAAAUAUGAAACUGUGAAUUGUGCUUGAAGGGGAAAACUGACAUUCCAGUCUCCACUGUUCUGUCUGGUUAUGGAAUAAAAUUAAGGGCGGCUAACUCUGAUGGCUUUUCUUUUGUAAGACUUCCAGACCAAUGCCUUUAACUUUGCACUGUAAGUACCUGAAGAGCUCUAAUUCACAGCAGCGGGUGCGGGUGGUGCCUGGCACUUCCACUUUCCAACUUCUAGAGGAUGCAUACAAGGUGAAGGAGUGCGUGCCUGCAGGCAAAUAGCAUUGCAUGAGGAUGUGAAUUCCUCUUUAGGCAUCACAGUGCUCUGUCCUAAGGGUGUCCCAGUUCAGGAAGCAGUUUCAUCAGUAUUUACUUCAUUGGCAUCAUGAUGAGAGAAGGUGCAAGCCAGUGGAAACUGGAGGAGUCUCCUUUCCAAGGUCCUAGACCAGGCUGAGGUGUGCAGUCAGUGUUAAAAGAGCGGUGGACGAGCCCACUGUCAGAGAAUGGGGAAUGCUGAGAUACUGAAAAUAGUUCAUUCAAGAGCAGGUGGACGCUAGUGGAGCUGGGCUCCUUAAUUCUUGAGCACAACUUUUCUAAAGAAAUGAGUUGGACAGCAUGAAGAAGAAUCAUGCUGUUAACAAAGACUUUUUAGUUCAGAGUGAUGUAUUAAUGUGUUUACUCUGCAAAUCCUGUUCUUAAGGCAGUGUUUCUAGAGUCGGUUGGGCCUGGUAUAAGAAGUUGAGAAGCUGUUUAAUCACUUCUUUGUCUCUUAAGAGAUUUUCUUUAGUCUUUGACUUUGUGGAAGGUGCUAAACUUUGCCUCAGAGUCCCAAUGAAAGGUUUGUGUCUAGGGUGCAAGUGUUGUUAAAUUAGGUGUGUAUUGAAAGAGACUUUGUACAACCAAAGCCCUCUCCGAGCAGGUGGAUCUUGGACCCCUUCUGUUCAUGCUGGUGGGGUUGGGUUGCUGGAGAUCUGUUGUGUGACGUGGAAAGGCCUCCUGCCUUUUGCUGCAGGACUGUUUGGUGUACCCGAGAUGUGAGAAGUGUGUGCGCACACACAGAGCUUAUGUGAGCACUGUGAAUUAAGUGGUGGUUUUAUCUGCUGGUUACGCAGUUUAUUGGAUGAGGUAUUGACACUCAGAUUGCGCUGCUGCAAUCCAGGCAGUUGGAGAUGCAUCUGUGGGUUUGAUUCGGCUGAGCCCGGGGCCAUUAGCGCCAGUAGAAAAAGGACAGUGAGCAGUUCUGCCUUGUGAAACCACUUUCCUAGGCACGGAGAGGGAAAAUGCUUUUGAUCUGGAGUACCCUGCUGUCCUGAAAGCAUGCAUGCCUCAAGCUGUAGCUACAACCCCACCCGCUGUUGGCCAUGGCUGCUGAAAUCGCAGAGGGAAAGACUUGGAAGAAUCCUGAGGAAGUGAGAACUGUUGAAGAGCUGUCUGACACUCCAAGCAGCUCUCCAGCAAGCCAGACUCCUCAGCCAUGCUGUCCUGAUGUGAAAACAAUGGUAAUAUCUAACACCCGUGGACGGCUCCGUGCUGCAGCUUCACUGGCUCUGUGUCUUUCAGCAUCACUGUCAGGGAAACAGAAAAGAUUCCAGCUCUCUUCCAUCUGCUAGAAGAGGUUUGAUGGCAGAACUUGGCUUAUGUGAAACUCCCAAUGACAGGAAAGCUGCCUGUGGAAGCAGGAAUAUGUGCUGUGCUUGCUUUACGUAGAUGUCAAGUUCAUUUUACUAUUCAAAAAUAACACUAAAAGGUACUGGGUGCUUAGCACCCAGCGUCAGCGAUUCAAACCGCAGUUGAAGGCUCCUGCUGAUAUUCAGAACAAGUUCUCCAAUGCAGUAUUAAACCAGAGCUUUUCUGCUAACUACCCUGUUGAUUAUAGGGAGAGUAAAGGCCAAAAAUCACACAAAAGUGACUUUGGUGGUGAGCAGGUAAUCAUAAAGUAGAUGCACUUUCAUUUACUCAAUCAAACUUCUUCCUAUCAAGUCAGGUGGUUACAGACUGGGUGAGUUAAAGUCUGGGAUCUCCACCAAGAGUUUGUAUCCUGCGCUGACCAAGAAAGUUUGGUUCACAGGGAAGUUUUAAAGCUCUAUACUUGUAUAAAUGUAGAAAUGCAGUUGAUGAGUGACUGCUUGCUACUUUGUUAGUAAGACUUUGUGUGUGUGCUGCUGAAACCAUCGACAUUUGGUAAAAGGAAAAGGCCCUGUGAUCCCUUUUUCCCCCCCUGUGGCUCCUUCUGAGCACUUAAAGCAGGUUAGAAGCUGUAGAAGGAUGGGUGCACCUUAGAGAUCCCCCAGUUUGGAUGCUGUGCUGUUGGAGCACUUGCAAUGACCCCACAGUGCGUGGAAAGGCUGGCGACAGGGUAAUAUUGUGUGAACAGGAGAAAGUGGACGUGCCGCGAUGGUGAGGACUGGUCUGUGCCUUUUAUUUGAGUAGAUCACUUAAAAGCUGCUUGGAAAAUUGUACAGUAGGUAUUUUUGCUUCCCAACUCUUGGAUUCCUGCAUGGCGUCAUAUUCCAGAAGUUGUGGGUCUGUUUGUGAGCCCUUAAUGGUUGAGUCUUACCUGUGCUUGGCGAUUAUAUCUGUUCCAAGCAUGAAGGAAGAAUUUGCUUAGAGGUUCUGGACUCUGUAGAAGAAAAAAGAUCCUAAUGAAAUGACUCGAUCACUUAGGGAGAGGCCUUUUUCCUUCAUUAAAAAAACCCUAGGAAAAACAGUAUGAAAGGUAAGGGCCUGAAUUGCAAAUAAGCAAAGGAAAACCAGGCAAUGACAGGCAAAGACUAAUUGUCCUGCGAGCAGAAUGCAGUGAGUCAGGGCUAUGGUUGGGUUCUCUUGGCUUGCAGACUAAUGGAUAAUGUGGUUUGGAUGGUGAUUGAUGGAAUGUUUCCAUGAGAUGAGGAUCUCCAGGGCUGCACUGUUUCAGUAAAUAACAGUAGUUCUUAAUUAAACCAGUCAGAUAAUGCUCAGCAGUGUUGUCUGUCAGGCUUUGCGGGCUAUCGAUAGCACUGGACCUUCCAUUUAUUUUUGUUCCUGGUUCCUGUGUUAAGUGCAAUUCACUCUGUAAAUAUACACAUCCCUUGGUUUUUGUGCAUGGUUAUGAUGUAUUGUGGAUAUAAAGAUUGCCAAAUCAC